CGCCAAGAUCCUGAGAGACUUCACUGAAAUCUCCAACAGGAACGGACCGGACAAACUCAUCCCCCGUAAAACUGCCCCGUCCUUCAUUACUGUCUGUGUUUAGGGACUGAGGACAAAGAGGGAGGAGGGGAGAAACUCAUGUGAUAGCAAAGGCGGAGGGUCUGGCCAUCAUCUCCGUCAUCAAGGCCGGCUUCAUGAUCACAGCCAGGGGAGGCAGCGGCAUCGUCAUCGCCAGGCUGGCCGACAGACGCUGGUCGGCACCGUCUGCCAUCGGCAUCGCAGGUCUGGGAGGAGGCUUUGAGAUCGGGGUGGAGGUAUCCGACCUGGUUAUUAUCCUGAACCAGCGGAGGGCCGUGGACGCGUUCACAAAGGGCGGCAACCUGACGCUUGGCGGGAACUGCACCGUUGCCGUGGGACCCAUGGGCAGGAACGUGGAGGCUGACGUGGCCAUUCGCAGCACGGCGGCGGUCUUCACCUACUGUAGAUCCAGAGGUUUGUUUGCUGGUAUUUCUCUGGAGGGAUCUGGUCUGAUCGAACGCAAAGAAACCAACCGCAAGUUCUACUCCCAAGACAUCCGUGCGUCGGCCAUUUUGAACGGCGAUGUGGAGCCGCCGCCAGAAUGUUACGACCUCUACCACAUCCUGGAAGAGUACACGGAGGCCUACACGACUGACUGGACCAACAAGAACAUGCGCUCAAAGUCUGUUCGUCCGUCCCGACCUCCACCUCCGCCUCUGCAGAAGCGUGCAAGCAGCUUCCAGCAGCCGGCCAGCAGCUUCCAGCAGCCGGCCAGCAGCUUCCAGCAGCCGGCCAGCAGCUCAGGAAGAGGAAACGCCCUCUACCCGAGCAUCUCCGUCUAUAAAUCUGAGACCUCCGGUCAGUACGCCUCCAGAAGCUCUCAAAACUACGCCAACCCUCCACGUGAAGGACCGUCAGUGGGCGGGGCCAGCGGGCAGCUGGUCUGCACGGCCACGCACCCGUUCACGGGGCAGCAGCCCGGCGAUCUGAGCUUCGUCCCCGGGGACCGCAUCACCGUCAUCACCAGCACCGACUCCCAGUACGACUGGUGGGAGGGGCAACUGGACGACGGGCGGGUCGGGAUCUUCCCCGCCAACUUCGUCACCUACUAAGUGCUGCGCCCCCCGGUGGUCUGAAGGAGGCGCUGCAGCCACGCCACUUAAGGCAUUUUGAUUAGUCGAUGAACUGAAAGAAAAUGAAUCCGUAACGAUUUUAUGAGUUGAUUCGUCGUCAAAGUUUUGCUGGUUUUAGGUUUUCAAAUGUGGGAAUUUGUCGCUUUUCUUGGUUUUAGGUAAUAACACACAGUCGCCUUGUGCUCUGGGAUACUUGGACGCACAUUUCACUCUGUCUUCUAAAGUUUUAGAGGAAGCUAAUCGAUUAGUCCAGAAAAUAAAGAGCAGAUUAGUCGCUGAUGAAAAUAAUCACUUUAUUUUACAGGUUCUGUGAUUUAAUUUCCUAAAAGUUGGUUCACAGUUGCUCAUUUAGUUAGUUUGUGUUAUUGUGUGACUUUGGUGAAACUAAUCGAGGCUGCUGGAGAUCAGAGAGGUAAAAGUGGCGGCUCGGACGAGAGCGUUGUAAUGGCUGUUUCUGGUGAAACAAAAAGGAUCUCACUCUUUAGAAAAAGGUCUCUCCCUCUGUAGGCGUCCUGUCUGGACUGUUGUAGUAACAAUCUGAGCCUGUCCGUAGGGAAAAACAAGCACUUUAGCGGACGUACUUUGACGUUUGCAGCCAUGUUUUGCUGCUCGACUGCCGCACAAUCACAAACGGGGGGAAAUAGGUGAAAGGCUGAGUAAUACAGAAGUCACCAUUUAUACACUGGAGAGAAUUUAAAUUGAAUUAUGGAAGCAAAACUUUCAGGUAAAGAUUUUGUUUGUUCAUUGUGUGUUCCUGUCAGUAUUUCACUGAGCUUCACUUCUGGGAUCUGUUACUGGCUCCGCUUUCUCAGCAGUAAAUGGGGCAAAUUACUUGUGGACAUUUGUGUCAGUUUAUAGUUUGCAGAUGACAGCAGGUGUUUUCUGUCAGUUUGAUUCAUAUAAUCAUGUCGUGUUUGGGAAGUGUUUUUUACAAAUUGUUUAGGGAUCAUAAAUAAAUCUUAGUUAUAAAAAUG